AUCACUUCAAGGCUUCACAAUUCUGUAUAUGAUUUGCCUCUUUUUGAGUCAAAACCUUUAUAUACCUUUCUGUGUCAUGUCUGCCCAUUUCAGUGCAUAUUCACCCCUGAGUUUUGCUGUGAAUACUGCAUUUCAGGAGGGAUAUAAAUGUGUAGAGCCUUAUUUGCUUUGAAUGUGUCAUUGAAUACAAACAUAUCAGAUUUCACUUGCAACCCUGUGCACAACUCAUGAAUAAGAUAUUGUUUCUUUUGCGUCUUGUCUGUCCAAGUGAUCACAGAGCGGAGAGAACUGCACUUCACAUCCAAGAGGGCUGGUGGUACAACUCUCUGCACACAUUUCUGCUCCCGUUGUAAAUUAUGCCUUAGAUAACUGCUGCCAUGGCUCCCUCAGGUGAUGUGGUUGUUGACACGCUGAGUGUUAACUGCUUGAAGUGAAGUGACCGUUUACUUUCAAAUUCCAAUUCGAAAGCUCCAUUGUAGUGUUAGUGAUAAGCAAAGGGAUGACAGAAGCCAACAAGAACCAGAAGAAGAGAAGUAAAGGAGAAAAGCAUGUGUCUUUCCCCCCUGAUGAACAAAUGGUAUCUGGCUUUGCUGAGAACAGGAACACUGACAGAAAAGUUGACAGCUAUCUCACCUUGACAGAGGUGAUGGUGGCCUACCAGCAGAGCUGCAGUCGAUAUCAGGUCCAUCCCAGAGCACAUGUCCUGCAACAGCUCCAGCAGGGUGUGUGUGUAGGUGGCAGUGUGAAAUGUCUGGAUCUCAAAGGUGAGCGAUUAGACCACCGCUCCUGUGAAGCUCUGGAAGUCGUCCUGAAAUCGCUGCGCUUUGAUUUCAUCAAUCUGCAGGCAUCCCAACUGGAUGAAAAUGGAACAUCAUCCUUGCUGGAUAUGAUUUUGUACUAUGAAUCUACAACCCAUCUUGACAUUUCUGACAACAACAAUAUGGGAACAUCGUGUUGGAGGGCCCUUGCACAUUUGAUAAAGCAGAGUGUUCGUCUGUCCCGACUGGAUGUGUUUAAUGUGCCUGUGGUUGACUACCCAGCCCAGUCUCUAGCUAAAGCUCUGCUGACCAGCCGGCUCACAGUGCUGCACCUUCACAAUGCCCAGCUCAGCGGCAUGCCUCUGUAUACACUAGUUGGUGCACUGAAGUCAAACAAGGCCUUGCAAGAGCUCCACCUUAACAACAACCUGCUGAACAGCUACCAGGAUGCCAUGCAUCUAGGAGACCUGCUACGCCACAACUCCACUUUAAUGACACUGAACCUCAGCAACAAUUGUGUAGCUGAUGCUGGUUUGGAGGAGCUGUGUGAUGGUCUGAGGCGGCAGACAGCAGGUCUGAAGGUCUUACGGCUGAGGAACAACCAGAUCACUGCAAAUGGCCUGUUCCAUCUUGCCAAAGCUCUGCCAGUGAUGAAGGUCCUGCAGGUCCUGGAUUUGGGCGAGAACCUCUUGGGGAACGAGGGAAUCCAGGUCAUCAGGGAGCCUCUAAUAGUCAACUGCUCAGUGCUGCAGCUCAGCCUGACCCGAGCCAACAUCACCUGUGAAGGUGCUGUGGCGUUGGCAGAGUUCCUUGCAGAGAGUCGGCGUAUUCAGAAGCUAGAUCUCCGUCAGAAUGACGUGAAGGUUGGAGGCCUGAUGGCUUUGUGUCUAGCCCUGAGGAUCAACCGCUCUCUUGCUAGCCUGGAUUUGGAUUGCGUACCCCCGCAGGAGCAGGACGAGUUUAUGAGGGAGACUCAGAUGAGGUUUCAGUCAGAGAUCAUCCAGCGCUGCACUGUCAACGCCAGCUACUCACCCCUUGCCACGGAAGCCUGUGAAACGGAGGCUGACCGAGCCUGAGCUCACACACACAUGCACACACACACACAUGCACACAGUCGUGUUUCCAUCAUUUGUGGGGAUAUUACAUAGACUUGCACAGAUUUCCUGGAGUCUUAACCACCACCUAACCAUAACAAUAAACAUAACUUGCCUAAUCCUAACCCUUACCUUAAAGCA